GGAAAUGAAAAAAUCUAAUAUAAACUGGUAAUGUUGCGAUUUUAGGACAUUCUUAGAAGAAGGUAUAUGGACCAAAUGGUUUUAUCCGGUAUUUCCGACGCUGCCAGUACCCAAUCGUUAUUCCUUAUUAACAGGUCUUUUCCCCGGUGUUCAUGGUUUGGUCGGCGACUAUGUAUUCAAUUCAGCCAGACAGCAGUUAUUCCGAAAUUUUACCUCUGAAUCAGAUUUUGAUUUAUCAUGGUGGCCAUAUGAGCCAAUUUUUGUAACCACACAAAAAGUUGGCAUUUCAACAGCAGUUUUUUAUCUACCUGAAUGUGAAGUCUUAUGGGAUGUAAUGCCUUCAAUAUGUGAAUAUGAUGCCGAAAAAUCUGGAAGUAAAAUUUUUGAAGAAACCAAUGUUUUAGAACGAUUUCAUGCGCUAAGCGAAGAACUUGGAAAUUUAAAUUUGCUGUUGGUAUGUCCACACGGUUAUAUGGAUGUACCGGGUGCAAACAACAAAAUUCUUGACUAUUAUGUGGAUAUGAAUCUGAUUGAAACCACCAUUGGUGUUGGUGCAAUAAAGCAAUUGAAAACAUCAGAAGCAAAUGCCGAACAAGUUUAUAUACAACUGCGGCAUAUUAGCCCAAUACCGGGUGUUAAAAUUUAUCGAACAAGUAAAAAUGCCGAUGAAAUUCCGGAAUGGUAUUUGUACCAAGAAUCUGAUGUUGUACCGCAGUUGGUAUUAAUUGCUACACCAGGCUAUGCAAUUUAUACCUUAGAGGAAACUAAGCAAAUACCAAGGCCAUCAAAUACGGAAACAAAAGCGGGUCUUAGCGGUUACAAUAAUGAAUAUCCAGAGAUGCUUGGUCUUUUCUUAGCUCGUGGUCCAAGUAAGUGUUAUUAA